AUGACCGAUAUCCCGCCCGAGAAAGCCCCAAAAUCGGGUUUCAAUAUUUACGGCUGUGCAUCCGUGAGUCCGGUUAAGCUGACCAUCGCGGCCGAGGAGCUGAGCAUUCCGUACAACUAUAUCAACUUGGAUAUGGGCGCCGGCGAGCCCAAAGCCGAGUGGUACGCGUCCAUCAACCCGAACGGCCGUAUGCCCGCCAUCGUCCAUGUCAAAGAGGACGGGACGUCCAUGACCGUCUUCGACAGCGCCGCCUGUCUGCUCUAUAUUGCCAGCGAAUUUGAUAAGGAGCACAAGCUCUCGUACCCAGUCGGGACGCCCGAGUAUUGGAAGCAGUUAUCCUGGCUCUCGUGGCAAGUCGCAGGCUACGGCCCCAUGAUGGGUCAAGCAUGCUAUUUCAAUCGGUAUGCAACCGAAUCGGUGCCGUACGGAGCCUGGCGCUAUACGUCUGAGUGUCGACGGCUCAACCACGUGUUGGACAAGCAGCUGCUAGGUCUUACCUCCGGCGCCCUGGUUUCAACGAUUAAGCAUACGGCCUAA